UAUGUCGCGCGUACAGCAAGGUGGCGCUGAUACGAAUAUAUUUUCAGUUGUUGUCGGAUAUCUAUAUCUAUAUAAUAACGUGACCCCAAGACUCAUGGACAAUCACUCAUAAUUAUUAUAAAUAAGAAUUAUUUAUCUAAUUUUAACGUGACAAUGGCACACGAUAAGAAAACCGUCAGACGUAGUAGAUCUCGUGAAAGGGAUCGCGAUCGUGAAAGAGACCGAGAACGACGUGAUCGACGCCGUUCCAGAAGCCGAUCUAAGGAAAGAAAGAAGGAUAGAAAACGUUCGAGAUCAAGAGAACGUUCGCGCGAACGAGAUAGAUCGCGGGAUAGAGAUCGUUCGAGAGAAAGAGAUAGAUCUCGUGAGAAAGAUAGCGAUAGAUCCAGGGAUAGACGGGAUAUCAAAGAUAAGGGAAAAGAUGAUAAAAAACGUAAGGGAAGUCCAAUAUUCUCUGUUGAGGAAGAAGCGAAGAAAGAGGUCAAAAAUGAAGUUAAAAAGGAAGAGGAAGAAGCUGAGGAGAAAUCAAAAUCGGUGCAAAAGAGAGAACCGCUUAGCUUGGAAGAGUUACUGGCUAAAAAGAAGGCGGAAGAAGAAGCGCGGGCAAAGCCAAAAUUUUUAACUAAGGAAGAACGCGCAGCUUUGGCAUUAGAAAAACGCCAACAAGAGGUAGAAGCGAUAAAGAAGCAACAGGAAGAAGAACGCAAAGCAUUUUUCUCCGGAGGCGAAACCAAAGAGAGAGAUUGGGAUGAUAGAGAACGACGUAGAGAUGCUCAACGUUCGAGAGAAGAAGAAAUAAAGGAUAAGGAUAAGGAAAAGGAAGUGGAAGCUAUUAAAGAACGUUAUCUUGGUCUUAUAAAGAAGAAACGCCGUGUGAGAAGACUGAACGAUAGAAAAUUUGUAUUUGACUGGGAUACAUCGGAGGAUACGUCAGUCGAUUACAACAGUAUAUAUAAGGAAAGACAUCAGGUGCAAUUUUUUGGAAGGGGUAAUCUCGCUGGUAUUGAUAUUAAGGCUCAGAAACGCGAUCAAAGUAAAUUUUAUGGAGAACUGUUAGAAAAAAGACGUACGGAAGCGGAGAAGGAACAAGAGAAGAUGCGAUUGAAAAAGGUAAAAAGAAAAGAAGAAAAGCAAAAAUGGGACGAUCGUCAUUGGUCUGAGAAAGCCCUUAACGAAAUGACCGAAAGAGAUUGGCGUAUAUUUAGAGAGGAUUAUAAUAUUACGAUAAAAGGAGGACGUAUUCCUGACCCUAUUAGGUCAUGGAAGGAGUCCGGAUUUCCAAAAGAAAUUUUAGAUAUUAUCGAUAAAGUCGGAUAUAAGGAUCUAACGCCUAUUCAAAGACAAGCUAUUCCCAUAGGUCUCCAAAAUCGUGAUAUUAUAGGUGUUGCCGAAACUGGUUCUGGAAAAACAUUGGCGUUUUUAAUUCCUCUUUUAUUAUGGAUUACUAGUUUACCCAAAAUUGAAAGAUUAGAAGAAGCCGAUCAAGGUCCUUAUAGUAUAAUUUUGGCUCCAACGCGUGAAUUAGCACAGCAGAUUGAAGAAGAAACUAAUAAAUUUGGACAACCCUUGGGCAUUAGGACGGUUGUAGUAGUGGGUGGUUUAUCUAGAGAAGAGCAAGGAUUUAGAUUACGUAUGGGAUGUGAGAUUGUCAUUGCUACCCCUGGAAGAUUGAUAGACGUGUUAGAAAAUCGAUAUUUAGUUUUAAAUCAAUGUACAUAUAUCGUAUUGGAUGAAGCUGACAGAAUGAUAGACAUGGGCUUUGAACCAGAUGUACAGAAAAUUUUGGAAUAUAUGCCGGUAACAAAUUUGAAACCGGACAACGAAGAUGCCGAAAAUGAAGAAAAACUUUUAGCUAAUUACAAUACAAAGAAAAAAUACCGACAGACUGUGAUGUUUACAGCUACUAUGCCUCCUGCAGUGGAACGUUUGGCAAGAACUUAUUUAAGACGCCCUGCUGUAGUCUAUAUCGGUAGUGUUGGUAAACCUACGGAACGAACUGAACAAAUAGUUCACAUAAUGGGUGAAGCUGAUAAACGUAAAAAACUUAUGGAAAUACUUAGCAGAGGUGUUGAACCACCCGUUAUUAUAUUCGUUAAUCAAAAGAAGGGUGCAGAUGUACUUGCAAGAGGAUUGGAAAAGCUUGGGUAUAACGCGUGUACUCUUCAUGGUGGUAAAGGGCAGGAGCAAAGAGAAUAUGCCCUUGCAUCUCUUAAGAGUGGAAGUAAAGAUAUUUUAGUUGCUACUGAUGUAGCUGGGCGUGGUAUUGACAUUAAGGAUGUAUCUAUGGUUAUUAAUUACGAUAUGGCUAAAACUAUUGAAGAUUACACACAUCGUAUUGGUAGAACGGGGCGUGCUGGUAAAGCUGGUCUUGCUAUUUCUUUCUGUACAAAAGAUGACAGUCAUCUAUUCUAUGAUUUGAAACAAACUAUUCUUGCUAGUCCAAUAUCCACUUGUCCACCAGAAUUACUUAAUCAUCCGGAUGCGCAACAUAAACCAGGCACAGUUGUUACUAAAAAACGUCGGGAAGAAAAAAUAUUUGCAUAAAUUUUAAUUAACGUAAACGCACAUCAAUGUAACGCACGUUAUUCUUUCUUUUAUAUAAUUUGUUGUACAAUUAAAAAAAAAUUGAAAAGCGAUCAAUUUUUGUCAUUAAGUAAUCAAUAUGGUUAUAUCUGUUGUAAUUAGGUACAAAAGAUAAGUAAUAUUUUCCUAUGUACGAUGUAAGAUACAAAUAAAAAUAUUUAAUUCGCUUAAUAA